AUGGACACGAAUUACACAUCGCGGGAUCUGGCUACCGCUACAACGACAGCUACAGCUACACCCGCCAACCCCCUCCUCGCUUCCUCAUUCCUCACGACCUCGGACCUCACCGCCCUCCUCAAGGACCAAACGCACCCAGCCGCCUCUACUGCCCCAGAAGAACAAGAAACGCACCCGCCAAACCUGCACAUCCCGACUCUCGACUCCGCGCUCGCAGCGCCCUUCCACAGUGGCACCGUUGUAGCCCUCAGCAGCGCCUCGCCGUCCCCCCGCAACGGCGUAGCGCAGACGCUGCUUGUGGACUGCUUGUUCCGUAGCGGGGACAGCGGAGUGGCGGUUGUGGACACGACGGGUGAUUUCGACGUCGUGGGGUUGUAUGCGCGGAUCUUGAGACGGGUCGACGAGCAGUGCUUUGUGUUUGAGUCAGGCGGUGGUGAUGGCGAGGUAGAUGUGCAGAAGCGGAAAGAAGGGAGAGCGGCGGAGCUGUUGGAUCGGGUGAGGAUCCUGCGUGUUUUUGACUUCGUGGGGGUUAGGGAGGCGAUUGGGGAGUUGAGCGGGGAGUUGGAGGGGAGGCGGGGUGGGGGUGGGGGUGGAAGUGGAGGUGGAGAAGAGAGUGGAGAUGGGAGUGUUGUAGCAGAAGAGGAGAACAAGAAGGUGGUGGUGGAUGGGGAAGAAGCGCAUGCACCGCCGCCAAGGAGGACAGAGGUCGCGGACAGCGAGGACGAAGAGGGGGACGACGAACUCGAAACGCAGGAUGAGGAGAUGCUGUUUGAUAUCGAAGAACAAACGACAGAAGAAACAUCAGCGCCAGCACCUGUGUCGCUGCACUCUACACCUCACACCACCUCGCAGCGAAACACCUGGCAGCCAAACAUCGCAGAGAAGCCAUCCCCACCAAAGUUAAACCUCAUCCUAAUCGACAACCUAGCACACGUCCUCCUUCCGCUUCUAAAGAAAGAUUCGAUACAGGGAACAAGCCUCUUAACGAGCUUCCUCAGCACCCUCGCAGCCCUAACACGAACCCACAAGCUGCACACUCUCUUGCUCAACCCUUGCAUCAACGGCGCGCCUCGCGCCGGAUCGCCGACGAGCGGCGGCAUGUCACUCGUAACCACAACGACAGCCGCAGCCGCACCACCAGGCGCACAGCAGCAGCAGCAGCAACAAAACUACGCACCCGCAUUUCCCCCUCCGCCGAGUAUAUUCACCUCGCAGCACGGCGUGCCGGCACUGCUGGGGUUGCUGAGGAAAGCUGGACGCGCGGGUGUAUUACGCGGAGAGCGGGGGUGGGGAGAGGAGAAGAAGAAGAAGAAUAAGGGGGGUGGAGAUGGGGUGUGUGAUUGA